AUGUCUAAGAAUGCGCCUGACAUCUCGAAACUACGCUUGAACGGCGACCAGUUCGAUGAAGACCUCUUCGCCAGUCCCGACCCUGGCGCAACAACACAGAAACACACACCUGCCUCCAACACAUCUUCCGCUCAAAAGCAAAAUGCGCCGAAACAAGCAAAACUGUCAAAGGAAGACAUGGAAGAAGCGCGCGAUGCUCAGCUUCGCGCAGAGCUAGAAAAGGUCCGCGAAGUCAACAAAGUCAUCGAGGGUGUCACAGCGUCUCUCGCAAAAGCCAAGGACAACAUGUCGACAGUCCAGAGCACCGUCAACUCUGCCAGUACACUUCUCGCAACCUGGACGCGAAUCCUGUCGCAGACCGAACAUAACCAACGACUUAUCCUGAAUCCGCAAUGGCAAGGUGCGACGCAAGAUUUGGAGGAUGUGGGGAACGAUGAGCUACGGCGGCAUCAGGAAGCAGAGAGGAGAGUGAUGGAGGAGCAGAGGAGAAGGGAAGAGGCUGAGAGGAGACGAGAGGAAGAGGAGAGGAAACGCGCUGCGGGCGAGGCGAAGACUGCAGGACGAGGAUUGGGACGAACGAGGAGUACGAGAGGUGGAGGGUACACUGCUGAUGGCAGAAGAGUUGGAGGAGCGACGACACCUACUUCGAGAGGAAGGGACACGGCAGGAACAAGAGGUACAAGAGGAACUGCCGGUGUCGGCCGCGGAACAAGUGCUGCGAGAGGAAGAGGUCGAGGUCUAGGAUGA